UCCAAAGAUGGCUACGAUAUCUGUCAACGAGAAGUGAAACUUUCCUUUAAGAAUAGGGAUAUACCCCGGCAGUUAACCUUCAUUUGGACUAUUUUGCUUGAAUUGACAUCGAUGCGGUUUUAAUGGACACACAUUAUCACGUUUUUCUGAGUUGUUAUUUCGUCCGACGCCGUUUUGUAUUGAAUACCAACCCGCCUUGCUCAACUGCUCUCUUUUAAGUGAGCUAGCCGACCUGCUAACCGCGAGGAGACUCCUGUCUCCGGGAAUAAUUUCGGGAACAUAUUUCCACUUUGCCGCGCUAAAUAACGCACUACACCUGGUACUGAUACUGUCACCGAAGUAUUUCUCGCAGGAAGCGGGCUUUAACGCCGAGGACGCUCGCGAGCUAGUUGUCAGGCUCAGCACUUCCGUCUAUAUCUGUACGUCACUCGCUUCCAGUUAAGUUUGAUGUUUUUCCAUGAGCACUGUGCGGAGAGGACUUUGAUUUGCUUGUACCUUCUGUCCUAGCAAAUCAAUGGAGAAGCUUCAAGACCUCAACCAGUCCGAGUUGCAGGAUUUGCUGGACAACUCGGAGCGGGUGGAGUCUAUGGCACUGGAGUCUGAUGAGAUUCAGAACAUUCAGUUGGAGAGGGAGAUGGCUCUGGCUGCCAACCGCAGUCUGGCUGAGCAAAACCUGGACAUGAAGCCCCGUCUCGAUACGGAGAGGGCACGAUUGGUGGGAAAAUACACUCAACUAGAGGAAGUGAGGGAGAAAUACAAACAGCACUGUGCCAUGAGAGACAGUAUCAUGGGGCAGGUUUCUCCGGAGGGGCUGUUGUCUCGUCUGCAGACAGAGGGCACCAACACAGAGGCAGAAUCAGAGGUUUUAGCAGAUGAGUUUCUUGAAGGUUCGAUAUCGCUGGACUCUUUCCUCGAACGCUUCCUUUCCCUCCGCUCUCUGGCUCACACGAGACGAGUGCGCAUUGAAAAGCUGCAAGAAAUUCUCAGCCGAAAAAGCAAAAAGAUUGGAGAUGCUACAGUGACAUCACAAACCUGUGCUAAUCAGGAUGCUGGAUCAUCAUCGCCGUGGCAACAACCGCAGCCUCAACGGCAACAAAGCUCCAAAAUCAAUGCACCCUCCAAUGCCUCAACUUCUGCUCUGCCCUACACCCCCUACCCCGUUGCUCCUCCCUCAGCCUCCACAGCGGGCACCACUAACCCUAGCACAGCGUUUCAGCCCUACCCCAGCCAGGGUCCCCCCUUUCCUCCAUCAACAGGCUACACAGCUCCCAGGCCUGCGUUUGGUCCUCCCACUUGCCCAUACCCCACCCAACCACUAUUUCCUGCCCCACCUUUUGGGCAGUUUGGUCCCACGCCCGCCCCGUACCCCGCUCCAUACGCUUAUGGAGGAUACAACUACCCCACAGGCCCCCAUGGGCCAUCAAACCAAUCACCCACAGCUAGACCGCUUUAUAGGCCAGGUUUUGGGGUACCACAACCAUACUCCUGAGCCACUCUGUGUGUGUCUGUCUUUCUCUUUUUCUCAUGAUCCUCCCUCUCCCUCUUUUCUCCUCCUGCUCUUACCCUCAGAUUUGUGGUUUGCGUACCCACGUCACAUCCUGUUCCUGUCUGAGGCUUAUAAAGACAAUUGAGAUUGAGCUUGUGCUUGUUUCCCCCAUGAAACCUCAGUCAGAGACUCAAUAUGGGCCGCACAGUCUUAAACGGCUCUUGUCCAUUUUAAAGCAUGUUAUCAGUUUGCAAAAAAUUCUGAUUUAUUAUUAUAUUUAAUGACGAGAAUUUUUUUUUUUUUACAACAUUGUAUUACAGCUCAGCCUUAUUUGGCUGUUGUUUUUUUCCCAAUCAUUUUGUCAAAAUUCUACUGAGACGCUACAUGGAAGUGUUACGUUAGCGUUGGGCUAAUCUCUUGUCUAUAUUGACCCUUGUUGACAACGUCAAUCCAGAAAGCACAGCACCAUUUUCCAUUCCAUCACAGAUGAAAACUUCUUCAAAAAGCCGAGCUUAUUCGUUAUCAUGAAUACAUUUAGACAACUUCCACGUGUGCAGAUUUGGGUGCGGUGCGUCCUGUUAUGAAAGCUUAGUGUACCAAUGCACCAACCGAUCACUCCAAACUCUCUCGAUACCUCUUUUGCUCCCUCUUUUUCCACUCCAUUUAUUUAAUAUACCACUUGACAAUGAUUGGAAGAAAUAGACUUUUACUGUAAGUUCUCUACUGGGGACGGUGUACUUAACAAAUUAAACUAAAAUUAAAGGGAAAUCGGAGAACAAGGGAUAUUAAUAUAGUCAUAUCUAUCUUCUAUAGCACAGGAUUUGGUUGGGCAGUUGAGGCAUAACAUAGCACAGAGUAUAUGCAAAGAAAAUAGGAGUUUCAUAACAUGCUUACUUUAGUCAAUAUAGCAUUCUGCACCUACCGUUAAUGUAGAUAGACCUUUUGUGGUAAAACUAUGCAGACGAAUGCCUGGCUGCAUAUUUUACACUGAAUUUAGACAGAAUGAGACAUUGAUGGUCUUGCACAGCUAGCCGCCCAGUCUGUUUCAGAGGCACAUUGCCCUCAGAAUCAUAACGUGAGUGGGAUUGGAUCUGGUUAACCAACAGAAUGCUAUAUUUUGUGGUUUGGUUUGAGUCCACCUUCAGAUUCUGCCACAGUUGUAGGCCUAUCCAUCAAAACGGCCUGUGCGUGUCAUUACGUGGUGUUAUGCAGAUCCAUAAAACCCCCAUCUAUUUGAGGUCUCCUUGUCUGCCAACCGGAGAACCAUGUGAAUCACACUAGCACUCCACACUAACAGUCCUGAACUCUUUGGCAACAGGAGCUGGGAGCGGGGCCUUCGAACCGUCAGCUUUAGAAUAGGCGUGCGGGGUCUGUUUAUUUUUGUACUUUAAAGCAAUUCAAAACCAGAGGCAUCCUCAAUCAGGCCUCGAGUGGCUUUAUCAAAUUCAUGAACUCAGGUUUGUAGCAAAACCCCCACGUUUAGGUUCCCUCCCCAGCACCUGGAGCGAGGGAGAGGGGUGAUACGACACGAGGAUGAGCGAAAACAAAUGGGAUGAAAAUUUUAUUAGCACAUUGAUUUGCAGCAUUAGAGGAAAUAAAUUAUAUUGCAUUGGUUGUGAUGACUGUAGCCUGUUAAAAGUGUAUUUUUAUUGUCAUUUUUUUUCCGGGUGUGAAUAUUAAACACUGAAGUUGAUCUAC